AUGGAUAGCCUUCGGCUUGAUCCCUUGAUCCUGUACAGAUUAUCUGAAAAAGACUUUGAAAGUCCGUGGAGAUUCCUCAGGGCACUUCUACCUAUUGUACUGGCGUCUAAACUUUUUACAAACGAGCAUCUCCAAGCUAAAAAUCAGUUUGUGAAACAGAAAACCCAGUCAAUAAGAACAGUAUUCUCUUCAUGGAAUUCAAGAAUAUUAAUGAUUCUACACAAACAAUAUCGAUGUCAGGAUGUUAACCCAAUCAGAGGAUGA